CUCGUGCCUGCGUGAGUAUGCCUGCGUGGCUUCUGGAACACUGACACGUUCCAUCGACAUGGAUGAGCCGGAAGGCAGCUCCUACGAGUCGACAAUAAGCGGAUCACCGGAAAUCAAGGAGAAGCGAUGGCUUCCCGUUCCCACAGUCAAGGGGGUCUUCAUGUUCGUCGGAGUGGUCAUGAUCAUCGGAGUGCUGGGAAUGGCCGGCUACAUCUUCUACAAGGGCCCUGAUGCCAAGGCUAAACGUCUCGUAGCAUCUAAACCUGCCACCAACCCGUCUUCUGGAAGCCGAGUGGAAGAAGAUCCUGCAUUUACCGUCGCAGCCGCUGAACCCAUGAGUACUAAGAAGGCAAAGAAGCCGCAUUCUAACCCUUCAAAAAAGAAGAGGUCUGUUCCAGCGGGGUCCGCUAAGAAGAAAAACAAGGCCAAGAAAGGAGGCCACAAGCGCAGCUACACCCAGAAUCUGGGCCCUCAGAACGCUCCGUUGGAGGCAGACGCUGAUGACGACGACAACGACGGGGACGAAGGCGAGAAGGCCGACGAUGGAAAGAAGACCGACGAAGGCGAGAAGGCCGACGAUGGAAAGAAGACCGACGAAGGAGAGAAGGCCGGCGAUCUGGGCGCUUCCGAUGUGAAGACUACCACGACUGUAAAUGACGAGCAAGAAAUUUUACUUCUGCGUUGGCUCUGCCUGAUCGCAGUGUUCAACGGAGACCCCUCCUGUACGACCAGCCACGACAUCUACCAGUGCGAAGGCGACGAGCAGCUACAGAUGUUCGUGUCGCACCUGUGCAUGAGUAACAGCAAGGGGGGCACUUGCUUUGACUGGCGACCGCAGCGACUCUGCCUGACGAGCCAGUCAAACCGAUUCCGCUCCGUGCAGGAGUGCGAGGAAAACUGCAACGCGGGCAACAACAAAUGUGGCCCGGCAGCGACCUGCGAGUGUUCCGGCAUGUACCGCAAGGUCAACUACAUUUAUGACAUGCGCCGCCAGCGCUGCCGCCUCAUCCCGGUCCACGAAUGCGCCGAGGUAGACGUGGGAUUCACCGACUCCGAUGAGUGCGAGAGCAAGUGCGGAAGUGACACCUCGAAAGAAGACACACGCUGCAAGCUUGCCGCACUGGAGGAACUGGUGCGUCCAUGCCUAUGGGAGGACAAGCUGUACACGCACUAUUUCGACGCGAAGAGCGGCAAGUGCCAGCCCUGGGACGAGAGCGUGUGCUCCUCGAAGGUCUUCAGGAGGUUGGACAAGUGCUUUAGUGGUUGCUCUCGCGGAGUCAUCGGCGAUGCUUCGCAGCAAGAGAACACCACCACAGGGAACACCACCACAGAUCGUCGCGUUGUACGCGCGCAGCGAGCGCCACCCGGGGCCGCAAAAGUAAUCACUUGACUUCUCUCGACCAUUCUCCCUGUUUUGUUUUUUACCUCCUUUUGAGCCUGUAACCAUGUGUGACUGCAGACCAUGUGCGUGGCUUACCGUGUAAUAAAGUGACC